AUGGACGGCGCAGGCCAGCCCAACCUGCGCAUCACCAUCAUUGCCGCUGAUGGUCUCUACAAGCGCGAUGUGUUCCGAUUUCCCGACCCCUUCGCCGUAGCCACCAUCAAUGGCGAGCAGACGCGCACCACGAGCGUCAUCAAGAAGACGCUGAACCCCUACUGGAACGAGAGCUUCGACAUGAGAGUGAACGAAGAAAGCGUCCUGGCGGUUCAAAUAUUUGACCAGAAGAAGUUCAAGAAGAAGGACCAGGGCUUCUUGGGUGUCAUUAACGUCCGCAUCGGGUCGGUAAUAGAUCUUGACGCUGGCGGAGACGAGAUGCUUACGCGCGAUCUCAAAAAGUCCAACGACAACAUGGUCGUUCACGGCAAGCUCAUUCUUAACCUCUCUACUAAUCUAUCUACACCCAUCAGCCAAGGAUCCCAGAAUGCCACCCGCCCGAAUGCGUCCCCGCACCCGUCCGUCAACGGCUCCAUCCCCGGCGCUGUCUCUACCCCACAGCACUCGACUUCGAACCUCCAUCCUCCCGAUGUGUAUCCAGGCAAUCGAGCCUCGGCCGCCAGUCAAGCCGCUCCCCAGCGCCAGAGUCAAGCCCCUCCAGCAGGUGCACCGACUGGCCCACCUGCGGGGCCUGGGCCUGCACCCAACGGGGCGCCUCCAGCUCGCAACAGUGCCGGUGCCACAUACAGCGCUUUCGAGGAUGCGCAAGGGAGACUACCAAAUGGUUGGGAGCGCCGUGAAGAUCAUUUGGGACGAACGUAUUACGUCGACCACAACACCAGGCAAACUACAUGGAUCAGACCGGGCGCAGGUUUCAACGAGGCAGACCAACGUCGAGAUGUAGCAGCGCAGACGCAGCAGGAACGCAUGCGACAUCAGAAUCGCAUGUUACCAGAGGACCGAACAGGUGCCAAUUCGCCUACCCUGACUGAGCGCCAGCCAUCGCCGCCUAGCGGCUCGGCAGCGAAUGCCGCGAGCAUGAUGGCAACGGGAGCAACCACUGCUGGUACAGGAGAGCUUCCGUCUGGUUGGGAGCAGCGUCAUACACCCGAAGGUCGACCGUACUUUGUGGACCACAACACACGAACGACAACAUGGGUGGAUCCUCGCCGACAACAAUACAUCCGCAUGUACGGCGGUCAGGCUGCCAACGGUAGCACCAUUCAGCAGCAGCCCGUUUCCCAGCUUGGCCCACUGCCUUCAGGAUGGGAAAUGCGUCUCACCAACACGGCAAGAGUAUACUUUGUGGACCACAACACAAAGACUACCACGUGGGACGACCCGAGGUUACCUUCUUCACUGGAUCAGAACGUGCCACAAUACAAGCGCGAUUUCCGUCGUAAGCUCAUUUACUUCCGAUCGCAGCCAGCGCUCCGCAUUGUUAGUGGUCAAUGUCACGUCAAGGUGCGCCGAUCGCAUAUUUUCGAGGAUUCUUACCACGAGAUCAUGCGACAGAGCGCUGCCGACCUCAAGAAGAGACUGAUGAUCAAGUUUGAUGGUGAAGACGGUCUUGAUUACGGAGGUCUUUCUCGAGAAUUCUUCUUCUUGCUCUCCCACGAGAUGUUUAAUCCCUUCUAUUGUUUGUUUGAAUAUUCCGCACACGACAACUACACUCUCCAGAUCAACCCCCACUCCGGUAUCAACCCUGAGCACUUGAACUACUUCAAGUUCAUUGGUCGUGUUGUGGGUUUGGCCAUCUUCCACCGUCGUUUCCUCGAUGCCUUUUUCAUUGGAGCGUUCUACAAGAUGAUCCUUAAAAAGAAGGUUUCGCUACAGGAUAUGGAGGGUGUAGACGCCGAUUUCCAUCGUAACUUGGAGUGGAUGCUGAACAAUGACAUUACAGACGCCCUGGAAUUGACAUUCUCAACCGACGACGAGCGCUUUGGUGAGACCGUCAGCAUUGAGCUGAAGCCCGGAGGUGAAAACAUCGAGGUCACGAACGAGAACAAGCACGAAUACGUCGAACUCAUUACGGAAUGGCGUAUUCAAAAACGUGUCGAAGAACAAUUCCAGGCCUUCAUUACUGGUUUCCACGAGCUGAUCCCCGCUGAUCUCGUCAACGUCUUCGACGAGCGUGAACUCGAGUUGCUCAUUGGUGGUAUAGCAGACAUCGACGUGGAUGACUGGAAGAAGCACACCGACUACCGCGGUUACACGGAGAAUGACGAAGUUAUCCAGAACUUCUGGAAGUGCAUUCGCAGUUGGGACGCUGAACAAAAGUCUCGUCUAUUGCAGUUCGCCACGGGUACAUCGCGUAUUCCCGUCAACGGAUUCAAGGAUUUGCAGGGUAGUGAUGGUCCUAGAAGGUUUACAAUCGAGAAGGCUGGCGAGCCAAACCAACUGCCAAAGUCUCACACAUGUUUCAACCGUCUCGAUCUACCGCCGUACAAGACGUAUGAGGCACUCAACCAGAAACUCACCAUUGCUGUUGAAGAAACUGUCGGCUUUGGUCAGGAGUAA